AUUGUUACAGUGAAAUUUCCAUUUUUUUUUUUUACACAAUUUAUUAAUUAUUUUUAAACAAUAGUUUUUUAUAGUCUAAUACUUGAGUUUUAAUAAGUAUUUUUUGUGUAAAUUCGAGUAUUUAAAUGUGUUGGUCUAAAGUAUUUUAAAAAUAUUGAAGUGUUUUGUUCUUAUCAGUGACCAUAAGAAGGAUAUUAUUAAUUUUGCAGUUUACUCAACAUUUCUAGUUUAUUAUAACUUGAGAUUUAAACUUUUACAAAAAUAAGAAAACUUUGAAUUUCCAUCACGAGACGUCAUUCGUAUGCCUCAUAUUAAUUCUAGGAUGACAUCACGUGUGUCUUCCUCCAUUUUUUUUACAGUGGAGGUAGGUGAUACCAAAUUCACGAUUUUGAAAAGGUAUCAAAAUUUAAAACCAAUUGGAUCUGGCGCUCAAGGAAUUGUCUGUUGAUUUUGAGCUUAUCUACACUAUGCUCGGAACACAAUCGAGGUUUGUUCAAGCACCUCAAGGCGAACCAGAUACUAAAGCUGAAGCUAAUGAUAUGUUUUAUACGUUAGUAUUUGGUGAUACUGAAUUUUCAGUACCCAGACGUUAUAUUAAUCUUGUACCUAAAGGUCUAGGUGCUCAGGGCAUGGUUGUUGCUGCUAUGGACACAAUAACCCAACAAAGCGUUGCUAUAAAAAAACUAUCCAGACCUUUUCAAAAUGUUACACAUGCCAAACGAGCAUAUAGAGAAUUCAAACUUAUGAAAUUAGUUAAUCACAAAAAUAUUAUUGGUUUGUUGAAUGCAUUUACUCCACAAAGAACAUUAGAUGACUUUCAAGAUGUAUAUUUAGUAAUGGAGCUUAUGGAUGCAAACCUUUGUCAGGUUAUUCAAAUGGAUUUAGAUCAUGAGCGAAUGUCAUACUUGUUGUAUCAAAUGUUGUGUGGUAUAAAGCACUUACAUUCAGCUGGAAUAAUUCAUAGAGACCUAAAACCUAGCAAUAUUGUUGUAAAAUCAGAUUGUACAUUGAAAAUAUUAGAUUUUGGAUUGGCAAGAACUGCUGGAACAACAUUCAUGAUGACACCAUAUGUUGUUACAAGAUACUAUAGGGCACCAGAAGUCAUAUUAGGUAUGGGUUACAAAGAAAAUGUUGAUAUAUGGUCAGUAGGUUGUAUUAUGGGAGAAAUGAUAAGAGGAGGAGUGUUGUUUCCUGGUACUGAUCAUAUAGAUCAAUGGAAUAAAAUUAUUGAACAACUUGGUACACCAUCUCAAGAAUUUAUGAGAAGAUUGCAACCAACUGUUCGUAAUUAUGUAGAAAAUAGGCCACGUUAUCCUGGUUAUUCUUUUGAUAGACUGUUUCCAGAUGUAUUGUUUCCAUCAGAUUCUUCUGAACAUAAUAAACUUAAAGCAAGCCAAGCACGUGAUCUAUUGUCUCGGAUGUUAGUUAUUGAUCCAGAAAGACGAAUAUCUGUUGAUGAUGCAUUGUUACAUCCUUAUAUCAAUGUAUGGUAUGAUGAGAGUGAAGUUAAUGCACCAGCACCGGGACCAUGGGACCAUUCAGUUGAUGAACGUGAACACACUGUAGAUCAAUGGAAAGAUCUAAUCUAUCAAGAAGUUAUGGAGUAUGACCCAACUACAGCAGCUGCAGCUUCUGUAAAUGAACCACAACCUAGCCGAUAGACGUCAUUGGUAUAUUUAAUCUCCGUCCAUAGUUUGACAGUAAAGUCAAAAUAUAUUAGGAUUGAAGAAGUUUAGGUAGUCUUCCAUAAAUCAAAAGGUACUCUGCAAAUUUAUGAUACUUCUUUUGAAUUAGGCCAACCUUUUGAAAAAAAAAAAAAAUUCAUUUAAUAUUAAGCAAAUACUUAAGCAAU